CCCACCUCUGCAUUAACAUCUGACUCUUGCUCUUGCAGAACCUCGGUUACACUCCAGACUUUGUCCAGGUUGCUCUGGCUCCCUUCAUCAAUGACAUCCACAGGAAAGGUAUCCGCGUGGUCAGUAAUGCGGGUGGCGUGAACCCUCUGGCCUGCGCUGAAGCCAUACAGGAAGUAACCAAGAAGGCCGGCCUUGACCUCAAGGUCGCUGUGGUGACCGGUGAUGACCUCAUGCCUCAUAGGAGCAGCCUGUCUGACGUAAAGAUGCCGGACGGCAGUGGCAGACAGCAGCUGCCUAAAACGCUGCACAGCAUGAAUGCCUACCUCGGGGCCGACCCUAUCCGCCGCUGCCUUGACCUCGGAGCGGACAUCGUGGUGACGGGACGCUGUGUGGACAGCGCCGUGGCCCUGGGGCCGCUCAUGCACGCUUUUGGAUGGGAGAGAAACGACUACGACCUGCUGGCAGCUGGAAGUCUCGCAGGUCACCUGAUCGAGUGCGGCGCUCAGAGCACAGGAGGCAUCUUCACAGACUGGCAUAAAGUUCCCGAUUGGGACAACAUGGGUUUCCCGGUGGUCGAAUGUUCCAGCGACGGCUCCUUCGUUCUCUCCAAACCGCCCAAAACCGGCGGCCUCGUUUCCUUCGGCACUGUCGCCGAGCAACUGGUAUACGAGAUCGGAGACCCACGGCGAUACCUGCUGCCAGACGUCAUCUGCGACUUCAGCCAGGUGGUGAUCCAGGAGGUACCAGGUGAUGAGGGGGGAGCUGUCAGAGUAACUGGGGCGCAGGGCUUCGCCCCGUCACAUGACUACAAGGUUUGUGCAACUUACAUGGACGGGUUCAGGGCGACCGCCGUGUGUCCGGUCACGGGGCCGAGAGCAGCGAAGAAGGCCAGAAGAACGGCAGAGAGCAUCAUCAAACGGACAAAGAAGAUGUUUAAACAGUUGGGACUGGAAGAUUUCAGCUCGGUUAACAUCCAGGUCCUUGGAGCUGAAGACACAUACGGUGCCAAUGCUCGCUAUAAGGACUCCCGGGAGGCUGUGAUCUGGUUGGCCGUCCACCACAAACAGAAGAAAGCUCUGGAGCUUUUCUCCAGAGAAGUGGCUCCUGCGGGGACCGGCAUGGCUCCCGGACUCACCAAUAUCGUGGGCGGACGACCCAGAGUGUCUCCUGUCCUAAAGCCAUUUUUCUUCUUGCAUCCCAAAUCUCAGCUGAAGGUGGACGUUCACAUCGGUGGAGAGCUGGUGGAGUCUCUGUCAGAGGAGGAACCAGACACACCUGUGCAGGAUGAAGCCCCUCCUGCUUCAGUAGAGGAUGUACCUGAUGCAGACCUGCCCAGUGGACCACACAGCUACAGACUGGAGGAGCUGGCGUACACGAGGAGCGGCGACAAAGGAGACUCUGCUAACAUUGGAGUCGUCGCUCGCCAUCCGCUCUACUUCCCCUAUCUGAAGAAACACCUGACUUCUUCUGUGGUGGGGGAAUACUUCUCCCACCUCAUCAAGCCAGGAGUGAAGAACGCCGUCACGCGAUACACUCUGCCAGGAAUCCACGGCCUUAACUUUGUCCUGCAGAGCUCACUGGGAGGUGGAGGAGUGGCCUCUCUGCGCAGUGACCCCCAGGGCAAAGCCUACGGUCAGAUGCUGCUGGACUUGAAGCUGAGAGGACUGCCUGACCUCAAGUCUCUGGUGGACUGAGAGUCGAACAGAAGGAGAGAUAAAGAGCUGGAGGCAAACGGAGAUGUAAAAGAGAGUUCACGAGGAAAGUGAGACUUUUUACCUCAAGAGAAACACAAAGGGAGCAUUUAUAGAUCCAGAUCACGUCCACAUCUGAAACCUGAAGAGCACAAGAUCAUUUUAUAUAUAAAUUAGAUUUAGAGCUUCACAAUGUUUACAACAUGUGGGUCACCACAACUCAAAUCCUCACGGGCCAUCUGCUCAGCCGUCGAUAAUUGGCCUAAAAAUGUUACAGUUCCAAGUCUGGGGAUAUAAAAUGAUUGCUGUGAGAGUUGUAGUUUCAUAUACCAAGUAAUCUUCAAGAUAUUUUUUUAAAUAGUCCACUGAUCAACUUCCAGCAACUUCCACCAAAUCUGAGGCAACGUGUGAAUGUGAAUGACUCAAAAACCAUGGAAAAACAUAACCAUAAAAAACAAUCAGGAUCUGUAAUUUAUAUACAUGCCCAAACUUUAAACCACAAAAUAUUCAGGCACCUCCGAUAUGGCUGAGCAGAGCAUGUAGACUAAGACUCUAAGACUCGGCAACCCAAGAUCUGGCACAGAUUUAGAUCAUCUAAAGGAGCAUCCACAUAAAAACACCUGGACUCAGAUGGAUACACGUCCAUAAAAUUUAAGACAAACAAGUUUACUUGAGCCUUAAUCCUCUGAAAUCCAAGUUAUCAUUGCUGAUGAUUGUAACCCUUUGCAGUCAGAAUGAAUAAUGCUGAAAUUCAAAUAGGACAUGGACAUUUUCCCCUCGUGUCUUGAAAAAGUGUUUACACCUCACGCAGAUUAACUGGUAGCUAACAGUUACUAAAUGCUAACAUUUAAAGACGGCCAUGUUGUUUUUUUGGUGUUCCAUAUUUGUAGUGAAGUGUUAUCACAAGCAAGUUUACCGAGCAAUCUUCAUCCAUAGGCUGUACAGAGAACACAACCUGCUAAUUAAUGCUAAACGGUUAAUGAAAUAUUCAAAUUUAUUCACCACAACUAGACCACAGACUUGUUAGCCGAUAUGGACAUUUAACUGCACAGCAGCCAUAUACAGUCAACACAGUCCAGAGUCAACACAGCUCAUUUAAAUAUUUAUUUAAUUUAAUAAAAAAAGUCACCCCUGCUCAGUUGCUAUUAACUAAACCGGGUUUCAGUUACUGACUUAUUUUUGGAGCCAGCCUCUAGUGGACAUUAGAGGAACUACAUUUUUGUAAUGACUGAUAAUACUGACCUGUUAAAUUGAGAGCAUGAGAUCUACAAUUUGCUAACGCGUUAAUGAGCUAACCGCGCAAACGCGUUGACACUGUGCAGCCCCAUGCACGGGGCGAUCCACACUAACUCGCUAACGGAGAUUAAUGUAGUUAUGGCGUUAACGUCAUUUUAACGAGAUUAACGCUGACAGCACUAAUUUUGAAUCUCAAGUUCAAAGAGGAAAACCCAACAAAACAGAGUAGAAUCACCUGAAAGGCAGCCAAACUGCCAACAACUCUCCAAACCAAACUACUAAAAACUACUACUACUUCUUGCAUUUUACUUUCAUGCAAGUGGGUCAAAAGUUGUGAAAGCGUCAUCACGCUGUAUUGGACUUGAUUUGAACUCAGUGACUGAUUGAGUGAAUCAGUAGAGGUUCCUCACCCCAGAGCCACAGAUGUUGGCAAUACAGGAAAACGUUUGGAGGCCGAUUGUUCGCAUCAGCCUCAUAAUCUUGACUUGCCCUGACCUCUGACCUCCCAGGGAACAAGGAGAGCUGGUUUGGGUUUCCCUCACGGGGUAAACAAAGUGUUUUCUGUGAGCUAUCAGAGGAGACACUCGACGGGCACGACGCCUGGUUCUCCCCGUCUCGUUCACCUUGGCGUGACCCGGCUCCUCCGAUGUUCGCCGCCCCGCAGGAAUGCACGUCUCCUUCCACCAAACUCUGCCUUCCAGCCGGUUUAGUCAUAAUUGCAAACAGACUGAAUUUGGAGUCAGAGUCACUCAGCAGCUUCCGUCGAGGCUCGAAUUGCAUAAAAUCCUCCACCUCUGAAUCAUAUUCCCCUUUCCACAAAAUCGUCAUUCUCAAAUUUCUUUGUUAAGUGACUUCUGUUUUUAGGGAGUUCCUGUUCCCUGAACUUUGACCUCUUUUUUUAGAGAGUUUGAGUUUACAGUCAGAAAUGUAAAACAAAUCAAAGUAUUUUCAUGACCGAAUGAUCGCAAACACAGAGAAGGAGCCACAUUAGAGAGCAUGCCUAAAACAAUAAAUAAACAGUUGUCCUGUAAACGGGCAUUCAAAGAGCUUGGUGCACAAUAAAACCAUAAAAAAUGACAGCAAGACAAAUCCUUCCAGACAUGAAUUGAGAGCAGAGCAGCACGAGGAUAAAUUGUGCCAAAGUCACACGGGAAAAGUUCAAAUCAAUCGGCUGUUCUUUCGAAUUUAAGGGACGACUGAGCAUCGUGUCAAAGUCAGAGCUUGAAAUGGCGCUUCCCAUAAAACCCCCAAACCGAAAGAAGUUACAAGCCACAAGUGUCGCCACUUUGCAUGUAAAUCUGGUAAUGUGCUCACAUCUCAAUGAUGAAGGGAGCAAAACUCUGGAUUCACAUCUGCCCUCCACAUUGCUUCCCAUUUGUCGUAAUCGUGUGGAGAAACCCUUCAUCAUUGUAGAACAACACCACCUCCCCAAAACACAUGGACUCUAAGAUUUAUGAGCGUGUACAGAAAAGAUUUCCAAACAAUCGAUGCUCAUUUUCUGGCAUGUUUACUCAAUUUGCACGCUUUUAUGUCAAUAUAGACUUCCUCAGCUAGUUUUGAGUCAUACCUGGAGCGACUGAUGCAAAGCCUGUUCAACCUCCUGACUUCACCUGGUCGUUUUCAGUAGUGGUACGUGCCAUCCUAACCAAGCCAGAUAGCUGACUGUAAGACUGUUUUGAGUCGAGUUAAUAAUUUAACUAUAUCACUGCUUGUUCAUUUAUCAAAAAUGAAGGUUCUGUGAUGGUGUCCUGUAAAAUAAGUGCUACAUUUUUGCUUCAAGGUUUAAUUUGGGCAUCUACAGAAACUUAAAGUUUAAUUAUGAAGUCUUUUCCCCCACAUAUUUGACAUUUCUUUGCUAAUCAAGGGAUUGUAGCAUGACUUAAGAAAACCAAAAUGUAAUAAAUAACAAUAUUAAAUAACAACGGUCUCUGGACAGAAAAGCUCCCUGCUGUUAUCUGUGCAAAUUUUUCAUAUUUAGCUAUCCAGUCGUUUUAGAGUGCCAGUCCAAACACAUACAUCCAAUAAUCGAGCCUUGUGGAACACCAGAGGCCUUUUUUUAUUUCAGCAGGUUUACAUCAACCAAAAGAAACAGAAGCAGCCGCCAACUUUUUAAAGUCUGGAAAAAAAUCAGUUUGAAGUUAGUGGGUGAUCUUUGUGAUUUGAUGGGGUUUUUUUUAUGCAUUAGCUUUUUAACAUAAACUCUGAUGGUAGCUUUUUUCUUAUUAACAGAUUUUCUCUGUGUUAUUAUAUUUGAACCACUGCCUCUCACCACUGAUUUUUUUUUCUUGCUUUCUCUCUUACUGGUACAAAUUACCAGCAUUGCCUUAUUUGUAAUCAAUGCACUUUAGUUAAACUGGUAUCAUAAAGCCUUACUGAGGAACCAUGUGUGCUGUUGUACGACUACAUACAUUUUAUCAAAAUCACGUAACUUUUUCAUUAAAUAUCCAACUUAAAGGGCACAUUGUUGUUUUUUGUCCAUUUUAGAAAGAUUUACUUGAAACUUACCAGUACUUUGAAAUGACGAAACUCUUGUAAUUAAAGAUCUGAAAUAGGCUGAAAAUUGAGAUUAUAAGCAAUAUGUUAAGACUUAUUUACUAUUUUUUGAUGGAAGACGUUUAACUCUUUGGCUUUCUGCUUUCUUUUUAAAAUAUUCUGUAUAGAAAGUGAUUUUUGUAGAUACUAAAGAGAUUAAAGAUAUUUUUAUUAUCUAA